ACUGCAAAGCACACAAUGACACAGUCGGUCGGACACAGCAACAUGCUUCAUACUGGAUAUCUGUUGGGAAUUCUACUCUCCUCAUGGGGAGUAAUAGCGAGCAGUGUAAGGACGACUCUACCUCAUGUGAUGAAGUACCAAACUGUGACACCUCAGAGGCUGAAGGAUCCAUCUCUCAGUGAUGCUGCUACACAUCAGACUUACCCUGAUGAACUGCGGUACUCUUUGACAAUCGCAGGGCAGAACUACACUCUGCAUCUGGAAAGGAACAAGGAUCUUAUCGCGAAAGACUUUUCUGUGACACACUAUUCUGAUCAGGGCGCCCGAGUGACAACUUUUCCAGAUCUUGGGGUUCACUGCUACUACCACGGACACAUCGUGGGGGUGGAGGACUCGUCUGCCAGCGUGGGACUCUGCUCUGGAAUGAAGGGCUUUGUGCUUCUCCAGGACCAGAUGUACCUGAUCGAGCCUCUGGCCGGUCCUGAGGCGGGACAGCGAGACGAUAGAAACAGCUUUGAAACUUACAUCAACGAAGGUCUUCAUGCUGUCUACAACUACAAACACCUGAGGAGGAAGAGGAGCUCCUGUUCCCAUGGAAACACAACCACUUACUAUGAUCACGGAGCUAGCCCGUCUGGACUGUUUCAGCUCGGCAGUCUGAAAGUCGGUGCACAGACCAAAGACCGUGCAGUGAAACCCAGAACAGUGGAGCUUGUUCUUGUGGCCGACCACACUGAGUAUAAGAAGUUUGACAGUAGGAAGGCAGUGGAGACCAGGAUGCUUGAAAUAGCAAACCAUGUGGACAAGCUGUAUCGCCCUGUGGGUGUCCGCGUCAUGCUGGUCGGUGUGGAUCUCUGGUCGUACAAAGAUCAGAUGGAGGUCAGCACCAACCCCGAGCUCACCCUCGGCCGAUUCCUCGAGUGGCGUCAGAGGAGCCUGCUGCCGAGGACCACGCACGACAACGCACAGUUCAUCACAGGGGUGGAUUUUGAUGGGUCCACUGUCGGCUUGGCAAACACCAACGCAAUGUGCACGUCUAAAUCUGGAGCCGUCAAUGAGGACCAUAACAACAACCCAAUAGGUGUGGCUUCUACUAUUGCACAUGAGAUGGGUCACAAUCUGGGCUUGUCCCAUGACACCGAAAACUGUGUCUGUGGCUCCUCAGUAACGAAAAGAGACUGCAUCAUGUCUGAGAGCGUUGGACUUGUGUAUCCGAAGCUGUUCAGCAGCUGCAGCCAGCAGCAGCUCAGCCGCUUCUUGGAGGAGGUGAACCCGGCCUGCCUGCUGGACACUCCGUCCACCAAUCGCGUCCACGGAGGGCCGGUGUGCGGGAACGCCUUCCUGGAGCCUGGAGAGGAGUGCGACUGUGGCACCGUGCAGGAAUGCAAGAAUGCCUGCUGCAAUGCCACCACCUGCAAACUUAACGCGGGAGCCCAGUGUGGAGAGGGAGAGUGCUGCCACAACUGCCAACUGAAACCAACAGGCAGUGUCUGCCGACCAAAGGCAGGGGUCUGUGACCUGGCAGAGUUCUGCACCGGCUUCUCUGCCUCCUGUCCGACUGACGCCUACACCCAGAACGGACUGUCCUGCAACCGUGGGAAAGGAUACUGCUACAAUGGGCAGUGUCCUUCGCAGCAGGAGCACUGCAAGAGACUGUGGGGUCCAGACGCUGAAGUGGCUGCAAAUGCUUGUUUCUACCUUCAUGGAACCUGCAGAAAAACACUGUUUAGCCAGAGAUGUUCCAGCAGAGAUCAAUCCUGUGGGAAACUGUUCUGCAACGGAGGGUGGGAGUUUCCUGUGACAUCCAGGAAAUCCUUUUACAAAGUCGGAAGUGGAGACAUAUGCAACGAGGCGACUAUAAACCCUGAAGAUAACUACCCUGCAGAUCUGGGCAUGGUUCCUACGGGCACCAAGUGUGGCAACAACAUGGUGUGCUACAACCAGCGGUGUCAAGACAUCACCAACGUAAAGGCGUACGGGACAAACGACUGCUCGGCCAAAUGCAACAACCACGGGGUCUGUAACCACGAGAGUAAGUGUCACUGCGACCCCGGCUGGGCCCCCCCCUUCUGCGACGUGCAGCAGUCGGAGCUGCCUGAAGAGACAGGCAUGUUGGUGUUCUUUGUGCUGCUGGUGGUUGGAGCACUUCUGCUGGUGGUCCUGUUCAUUGGGAUUCUGAUGUGCUGCAUCAGAAAAAGACGACCUGCAAAGAGAUGCCUCCAGUCUAACUCAGGACAGUCGAACCCGGUGUUUCGGUCGAGCAGCACACGCGACAGCCCCCGUCUCGGGAAGACACUCAUCAGCCAGCCCAUGUUCGUGGAGUCUUCGGCCACUCAGCCUUGCAAACCUCUGUUCUCUGCCAGUGCCCGACCGCACACUGGAGCGUUGAAGCCCAGCAGAGCAGCUCCAGAGCCACCCAAGACAUUUCCAGCUGUGCCCCAGCCCUCAAAGAUUCAAAAGGUUGUGAGGCCUUACAUGCAGCCACUGUCUGCUUCAAGCAAGCCCAACUAUAUCGAGGUUAAGCCACAACCUCCAUCCAGACCUCUGCCGCCGCUUUCAACAAAAUUGAUCACCAAGCCCAAGCCUCCGAUGCCUCCGGUGAAGCCAAAGCCAUCGGCCCUACCUUCUCUGCUGCCUCACACUCAGCUGCUCGCAGGGAGAGCUGCUCUGAAGCCCCCCAGCAGGCCCAGAUGACACACAACCCAGCACGUGGUAAACACCGGGAUCAUCUGACAGAGCCCUGGAGUUCUUGUUCCACCUAGUAGGACCCAGAAGAUCCUCUGAGGAGACGCUCGUCUGUUUGACAAUGGAAACAAGAUCCACCGAAGGAUCAGCAAUGUUAAGUGACAGAGCUUUUCCUCUCGGUUGCGCUCUCCCCUGAGGAUUACAGCCGCCCCGUCUGUGUCUGGCUUGUGUUGGCCUUCUGCUCGUCGAUGGAAACCGGAAGAUGCGGUUGACAAGCUUCUGUGCUUUAAAAAAUGACAAGUGGCUACGCUGCCAUGAUGAUUUUUAAACAAAUCUUAAGGGAAAAUACUCACUCUGCCUUUGAUCCUGGUACAUGUGAACACUUAAUGAGGCAAUUUGUUUUAAUCUUAUUUCUCUGAUUUACCGUUACGUGUCCUUUGGUACUGAUUUUCUAAGAAAUAACGUUAAGGGAUUUUGAAACGUGGCACCAACAUGGGCACUUUAUGGAUGUGCCACGACUCUUUUUGUACUAACACACGUGUGCUUGACUCUGUCGGACUAAAUUAUGAGCUGUAGCUGCUUUGCUUGGUGCUUUGAUCUGAUGCAUAUCGAUUGUAACUCUUCAAGGGAUUUUGUACAUUUGUAUUUUCUAUGCAGCAGACAUGAUUUUUACACACACUGAGGAUUUCUGCCUUGGUUGAUUAUCAUUUUUCUCCCCCUGCAAACUUUGAACUGAAAAAACAUGUUUGUGUAUGAUUCUAUUUAUUAAAAAUCCCUUGAUGUCUUUGAAGUUGAUAAUAAAGGUGAUUCACCAAA